AGAGAGAGAGGGAGAGAGAGAGAGAGCUGGCUGUGGAUCGAGCGCAUCCCUCUGGAGCCGAGGAUGCGUCUAGGAGCAUGAGCGCCGGUGGGAAGGAGCAUGACAUGGUGUGUCAGAAAGCAGUGGCCCUCAUAGCUGACCUUUGCAUCCAGGACAGUCCACUCUUAGACCACAACACCUGCGAGGAGUUCCUCUUCCUCAUCGCCAACCAGGACUACAGCCUCAACCAACCCGCCUCAGACGUCACCGUUGGCCUCCCCGUUGGCGUGCUGGUGGCGUGCGGCCUAGUCCUGCUGCUGCUGGUUGCGUUAGCCUCUUGGAAGCUGUGCUGGGUGCCUUGGCGCAACAAGGCCAUUUCCUCCGGCUCCGCUCUUUCCCCGGACGAGUGCCCCCCCUCCCUGCAGCCAGAACUGCCCUCCCUCCUGCCCAGCCCACAGCAGCCCCUGAUCAGCAUGGCCGCAGAGAAGGUUAAGGAGUCCCUGUCGCCCGUGGGCUUCCUGGAGGCAGCGGUGAAGAUCAGCCACACAUCGCCUGACAUUCCGGCUGAAGUGCAACUCUCCAUGAGGGAGCACUUCCUGCGGCGCACGCAGCGCAUGCAGAGACAGACCACCGAGCCGGCCUCGUCCACCAGGCACAGUUCCUUCAAACGUCACCUGCCCCGCCAGAUGCAGGUUGGCAGCCUGGAUCUGGGGAACGACUACGUGGAUGUGGAUGAGCAACCCACCAGCAUCGGCCGCAUCAAGCCUGAGCUGUACAAGCAGGCCACCCUGGAAAGCGAGGAGUCUGCCAAGAAUGGAGGUGGCAAGACGUGUGGCAAGAUCAGCUUCUCACUCCGCUAUGACUACGAGAAUGAGAUGCUGCUGGUCAACAUCCUCAAGGCCUUCGACUUGCCAGCCAAGGACCUCUGUGGAAGCUCGGACCCUUAUGUCAAGAUCUACCUGCUGCCCGACCGCAAGAAGUUCCAAACGCGGGUCCACCGCAAGACACUCAACCCCACCUUCAAUGAGUCCUUCCAGUUCCCGGUGCCCUACGAAGAGCUGCCUGUCAGGAAGCUACACCUCAGCGUCUUCGACUUUGACCGCUUCUCCCGACACGACAUGAUUGGUGAGGUUGAGGUGGACAACUUGCUGGAGGUGUCCGAUCUUUCCCGGGAGACUUCCAUAUGGAAGGACAUUCAGUACGCUACCACUGAGAGUGUGGACCUUGGAGAAAUCAUGUUCUCGCUGUGCUACCUGCCUACUGCGGGAAGACUCACUCUGACUGUUAUCAAGUGCAGGAACCUCAAGGCCAUGGACAUCACUGGAUACUCAGAUCCCUACGUAAAAGUGUCUCUCAUUUGUGACGGGAAACGUUUGAAGAAGAAGAAGACCACAAUCAAAAAGAACACACUGAACCCCACCUACAACGAAGCCAUAAUUUUCGACAUUCCUCCAGAGAGCAUGGACCAAGUCAGCCUGCACAUCUCUGUCAUGGACUAUGACCUGGUGGGUCAUAACGAAAUCAUAGGCGUGAACCGUGUCGGCUGUGGAGCCGAGGGACUCGGCCGAGACCACUGGAACGAAAUGCUGGCAUACCCCCGCAAACCCAUUGCACACUGGCACCCCCUUCUGGAGCCCAAGAAAUCAGAAAAAGAGUGGAAAACCAGGACAGCUAGUUUUGACAGUCAGGGGUCUUGCCCCUCCCCUAAAGCCCCCGCCAGCCCUUGAGCAGAACCACAUGUUCACCAGGAGGCCCCCCUUUCCCCGACUGUCUGUGUGCUCAAGGAAAAGAAAAAAAAAGAACAAAAAAAAAAACAGAAAACAACAGCCAUCUCCAAGUUUACCUUGACAGUGGCUCCCAAGCGCUGAUCCAUGAUCAGUUUCCUGCAGUGUUUGUCUAACGUCUCUGGAGUCCGACUCUUUCAAAAGCUGAUUUUCCCAUCAGUUCUUGGGGGCCUUGCGCACCCGGACUUAUUACACCUCUUGUGCUCUGAAGAGGCCAGGCCUUGUGGAACAGCAUGGUAUUGUUAGCAGAAGGAUUUUCCCUUUUUCCACAUUUUGAAGAGCAUCUCCAGAAGCGAGGUGAAUGAAAUCUGACCGCGGUGUUCUCAGAGGAGCUGCGCGCGCAGAUGGGAGCAGCUCUUUGAUGAUCGCUUCACUCGGAGCUAGCUGUUUGAAAGGAGGAACAGCUUAUCGCAUAGAGCUGAGGGUCUGGCUGGUGUAGGGAAGAAUGGGCACAGCUAAAGCUCAGCUGAUUAAAGAAAAAGGACUCAAGCAAAGCUUCAUAUCACUGAGGGCUGAUGGCAGAGGAAGAGAUGGGACCACCAGUUGUUAUGUCAUGAAUGAACCACUUCCUCUCCUGAUUCGUCUGAGAAAAGCGAACCUUGAAUGAGUACACAUAGUAGAGACUUUUACUUUUAAAACUUACCUGUCUCGAGUUUGUUGAUGUCGUUGUAAGAAAUGGUGUAUAUCGUAAAAAAGUGGCGUUUGCCAAUUUCAGCACAGCACAAUGCUCUGAAGUGCUUUCCUUACCCUUAAAGGACCUGUCCAAGCAAGACUUGUAGGCCUGAAGUCUUUGGUGGAUAUAUUUGUACAUGAAUGGAAUACUGUACAUUUAACUGUAUCAUUUUAAUUUACCUAGUUAUAUCUUGGGCAUUCGAGGUUCAAAGUGAUUAGAUGUAACAUCUUUUUAUGUUAGCAUUGAUCUUUCUUUAACUAACACUUUUAUUUUAAAUGAAUGUGCUACUGAACAGGUUUUACUCACUUUUCGUCUGCUGUUAUCAGAUUCUGGACUUCAUCGUGUUGCUAAAGUUGUAGCUGGAAAGCUGUCAAAGGUUGUUGCGUCUUUUACUGUCACUUAUUCUGCUGUCCACCUCAACUGUACUGUAACAUGCCACUGUCAUCAGUUAGUUAGCUGAAACUGUAAGAGCACAAAAUGAAUUGCUGUUGUACAGUGGGAAAAAUGUGGGAUUUAAAACAUACACAAGAAACGUAUCAAAAAAGUAUUCCGUCUCCAACAUUUCGUAGCACCAAACUACUGUUAAGGAUGAAUUGAAACACUUAAACAAUGAGUUACCUGCAUUAACUCAUCCCCUGUAACAUACUGUACAUCAUCGCUGCCGGAACAAAACCUUUUAUCUCCAUUGUUGUCGUUUUUCAUUUUUUGACAUUAUUCGAAAUUUCGAUAUAUUUUUUACAUUCUAUGAACAUUACAUGAUGAGUGAACUGACAGAAAUUGCUCAAAAGCUACUUUGAAUAAAAUCUCUUUACAUUAACUUACAUUGAAAAGUGAGAAUGUUUUUGUUUUCUCCAGUAAAGUUGCUAUUUUGGUUUUGUUCCUACAGCGACAACAUAUAUGAGCACACUAGAGGGAUAUUAAAGCAUUAUAAGACUUUGUAAAAGUAGACUGAGACAGAAAACACUAUGCAGUCUGCCAGGAACAUAGUAAACAUGCACUAUGGAUAAUGAGGGAUUUGUUGUUGCUGUAACAACAGCAUGGCUGCCGCCCACUAAGCUAAGCAUAGUAUUUCUGUUUUGGACACUAAACAAGAAACAGUAAUAUAAUUCUCAUUUAAAGGCUAAUUCAUUUUUUCAAUUUUUUUUCAAAUUUCUGCAUAAUUAGACUAUAAAGAUGUAAACAAAGUCAGUGAUGUGAGGUGAAGUGCCCUGUUCUAGAUAAAUGCUCAUGACAGUUCUCUUAGAAAACAGAAGUGCUAAAUGUCUCUAAAAGCUACAUGACAGGAAAUUACUACUUGAAAAGAUCACAAAUACGUUGCCUGAGGUCUGACACAUUGUUUUCUGAUAGUUUUGAGAUAAGCGUUUGGCUUAAAAUAUAUUUAAUCCUUAGCAACAACAUACGUGCAGGGCAUUUAAAAACUCAGGACGUAUGGGUUCAUUUUGGAUAGUAAAGAAAAGUACUAUAUUUGUAUUAUGGCCUUAUUAGACAUUGGGACAACCCCUGGUUCCCAUCAACACCACUGUAAAAUUUUAAAUUAGAGCUGGUCAGUUUCACAUCAUACCACUCUGAAUAACCUUAUGUACAUCUCCAAAAUUGAGCUACACAGAGAAUGUUUUAAAAAUUGGAAGAAGUUUAAAAACAGAUUGUUUUACAUUUUCUGCAGAAGUAAAUCAGUGGGAUUAAAGAGUGAAAAAGCCAUCCAGAGCAGUUUCAUGUGAAAUGCUUCAUUGGAGAGAAACCUCACAGUGAUGGUGAUAGGAACCAGGCCUCUGAAGAGUUUAAUGCUUCUGAAGGUUAUCACAUGAAAUGAUAAUGAACACACUGCCUGAUGCCUGAGACACUGUUUUACAAUAAUUUUGAAAUAAACCUUUGGCUUAAAACCUUUUUCCCAAUACGUUCAAGCUGGAGAGAAACGUGCAGGGUGUUGUAAGGUAAAAUAGUCCCCCAAGAAAACAUAUUUUUCAGAUUUACCAUAUUUAUCCAUCAUCAACAUUACAUAUAAACACUCAGAAGACACAUGCAGGCUCACUGCUCUUCUAUAUAUGUUAAAUAACAUGACUAUAUUUGCAUUGUAGAUAUGGCAACCCCUGGUUCCUAUCACCACAAAUGUGGAGAAAUCUUAAUUGGUAAGGUUCUCUUCAUCAUCUGCAUCAUCUCACACCAAACCCCUCUGAAUGACUUUUUACAACUCACUGAUUUAAUUAUGCAGAAAUGUUUGAAAAUUGUUGGAAUCCCUCUUUAAGAUUUAAGUAGUUUAAUCUGUUCAUAGUGUGCUUAAUGAAUGUGUAAUGAGGGCAUUAUCACCCAAAACAGUUAAACAUUGAGAAAUGUUAUAACACCCAGCGGUAAAGGAUAACAAUUGUAGCUACAUGCAAUACAGAGUAAUCUAAAGCAAAAAAAGGUCUAAGGAUUUUAUUUAAUAAUAGCAGUCACGUCUGGCAAAUGUAUUUUGUCCAUGUGUUAACUGGCUUUUGAGAUGGUUGGUGUCAUAAGUGUAUUGAGGCAGUGCUCCAAACUGAAUCUGUUCUUCAGAAUAUGUAAAGCUAUGGUCUUUUUUUUAACUUAAAGGGGAAAAAAGCAAUUAGAAAUUGCCAUUGUACUGGUCUUUGUGAUUUAAAGUUGACCUUUUCCAUGAAAAUAGCUGAUCUUUUCCCUUUGUUUCCAUGUUAUUCAUAAAUAAUCCAAUACUGUAAGAUGCUAUUUUUUUUUAUAUUUUUUUUUUCACCAUAGUGUGGUAUCUAUGGGUGUGAGAAGAGUUACUCCAGACAUUCUUACAUGCUUAAAAAGCCACUUACUGGCAGAGAACCUGGAGUGGAGUGGAGAAUGCGUGGGAACUGCAUUAGUUCCUCCUGAGUCUCAGUCAUCCUGGUACUGCCCUGUGAGUUUUAAAUCAAAGAGGAACAUCGGGGAGCACACUGGACUCCGAUGAACUUAACAUCUGCCGAAGACCUAUGAGACAUCAAUCCUGAUGGACUUACCUGAGGCCGCAGAGCUUGUCGUCCAACAUGGUCUCAGAUGCUUCUGCCCAAAUAUGGUGGAUAGUGCUCCAGGGUCUAGAAUAUUCCCUGAAGUCAACAAGUUCCAGAUGCUACAGUCUGGAAAUAAAUACAACACUUGGGCUCCACGUUAGAACUUGUCCUCCAUUACAUUACAUUACAGUUGUUGAGGUUUACGAAUUUCUAUGUGAUUAAAUUAAUUGAAUAUUUUGGCAGACUCAUGAAUAACUCCAGGUAACUUGAUGACUUGACUUGAUGUACCGUUCUUUUUGGUUCCUACCUGUUCCAACAAUGUUUAUGAUGUCCUCAGGCUCAGACAAUAUAGACACAAUGUGUUCCUGUUGUACAGUGGAAUCUGUGAAAUGGGUACAAAUUACUUCAUGGUCUGUGUGGUUUCUCAGCCUCUUUCUCCUGUGAAUUUAACAACUUUCCAAUUUUAUAUUGAAGAUUUGUACUUGUAAUACAACUGUUGAACAACUGUUCUUGUAUUUCAAACAUGAGAAAAUAAAGCUGUCGGUUCAGUCGUUUCA